CAUAGCAGAAAAAAGAAGAAGAAUCGACGAAGUGAGUUCUCUCAGGUCACAAAAGAAAAUGAUUAGGCUUCAGACUUAUGCGGGGCUUAGCUUUGUGGCAACUUUAGCAGUUAUAUAUCAUGCAUUUAACAGUAGAGGCCAGUUUUACCCAGCCAUGGUGUAUUUGUCUACUUCCAAGAUCAGUUUGGUGCUGCUUCUGAACAUGGGUUUGGUGAUUAUGUGGGUCCUAGUGUUCGUUGGCAUCUUCCAUUCCGAAGCUUGGGCUCGUUAUUCUUUUGUGGUUGAAGAAACCCCAUACACAAGGCUGUGCGGCACCAAGAACAUCUUGACAGUAAACGGUACAUUUCCCGGACCGACACUAUAUGUUCGCAGAGGAGAUACCGUUGUGGUUGAUGUUUAUAACAAGGGAACUCGUAACAUUACUAUCCACUGGCAUGGAGUAAAGCAAUCCAGAAAUCCAUGGUCAGAUGGUCCUGAAUAUAUCACACAAUGCCCAAUUCAACCAGGAGCCAAGUUCAGUCAAAAUAUCAUAUUCUCCACAGAAGAAGGAACCCUUUGGUGGCAUGCUCACAGUGAGUGGGACCGAGCCACCGUCCAUGGCGCUAUCAUCAUCUAUCCCAAAAAUGGAACCGAUCACUACCCCUUCCCCAAGCCUCAUGCAGAAUUCCCUAUCAUAUUAGGAGAGUGGUGGAAGCAAGAUAUAGACAAGGUUUACAAUGAUGCUAUUCAGUCUGGAGGAGAUCCUGUUGCUUCAGAUGCUUUAACCAUCAACGGUCAACCUGGUGAUUUUUAUCCUUGCAGCUCAAAAUCAGCAGACACAUUCAAGCUAAAGGUUGACUUUGGUAAGACUUACCUGCUCCGUCUAGUCAACAACGCCUUGCAGAUCAGCCUCUACUUCGCCAUCGCCAACCACACCCUAGCAGUCGUCGGCUCAGACGCAAGUUACCUCAAGCCAUUUGUCACUGACUACAUCUCUAUAUCACCUGGUCAAACCAUCGACGUCUUGUUCACAGCUAACCAAAACCCUAAUCACCUCUACUACAUGGCCGCCGGAGUCAGCUCCGACGCUACUCCUCUUGUCGUCGAGAACAACACCACCACCACAGCCAUAAUCCACUACAAUAAUCAAAACCACACUAGUCGUAGUACUACUCCCUUGAUCCCAAAGCUUCCUUCCUACGAUGACACCAUUUCAUCGGUUAAUUUCACAAGUAGGUUUAGGAGCUUAGUUGACAAAAAUCACCCCAUAGACGUUCCAAAACACAUAAGAAAGCGAAUGUUCUUCACCGUCUCUAUGAACACCUUACCUUGCCCUAAUGACACUUCGUGUCAAGGGCCUAACGGGUCUCGUUUAGCGACGAGCGUGAACAACAUUAGCUUUGUGACCCCAACACCAAUUGACCUAUUAGAAGCUUACUAUUAUCAAAUCAAGGGUGCAUUCGGGGUCAAGUUUCCGAGCUUCCCGCCGCUGAAAUUCAACUUCACGGCCGAAGAUCAACCGUCGUACUUGGAGACACCGAAGAGAGGGAUAGAAUUGAAGGUGUUGAAGUACAAUGCAAGUGUGCAGAUUGUAUUCCAAGGGACGAGUAUAGUUGAUCCGAGUGAACAUCCCAUGCAUCUCCAUGGAUUCAGUUUCUACGUGGUUGGAAUUGGCUCUGGCAAUUUUGAUAAACACAAGGACCGUUUGAAGUUCAACCUUGUUGAUCCUCCUCUUCAGAACACCAUUGCAGUUCCUCUUAAUGGCUGGAUCGCUAUCAGAUUUAAGGCAGAUAAUCCCGGGGUUUGGUUUAUGCACUGCCACUUUGACAGGCACAUGUCGUGGGGGAUGGACAUGGCUUUCAUUGUCAAAAACGGGAAAACUCCAAAUACUCAAAUGUUACCCCCACCGCCAGAUAUGCCACCAUGUUAAGACUAAUAAUGUCUGCUUUUAUAUUUUUCUAGAUUUUCAGCCAUUGAAAUUUUUUAACAAUGCAUAUU